AUGGAGACUUUGGGAAUGGAGUUUCGUGGGCUCGAGGAUGGAAGGUUAGGAAGAAAGCAUGACUUGGAGACUCUAGGAAGAAAGUUCAAGACCAAAGGUACGUGCCCGAAAUGUCAGAAAUAUCAUCUAGGGAAACCCUGUAGGAUAGGAGCCCCGAGAUGCUAUUCUUGUGGAGGAACUGGCCAUGUGGCUCGAGAGUGCCCAAGGGGGACCGUGUGUUUCACUUGCCAGAAGCUUGGUCAUAUCUCUCGCGACUGCCCUCAGAAGAAAGGUAUUGUUCAAUUCGGGGCAAAUAAAGGAAGUAUGGAGCCGCAAUGGGGACGUGUGUUUAGUUUGACGAGAGAAGACGCCAGUGUCAACCCGUCGAUAAUACAAGGUACAAUGAUCUUUCUUGAUACACCGGUGCAAGUAUUGAUAGACCCAGGGUCUACUCAUUCAUUUAUAUUGCAUGCAUUGGCACAUUGUUUAGAAUUGGAAUAUGGAGAACUAGGGUGUCCCAUGAAUGUAUCUAUCCCUUUUGGAAGACAAGUAGAAACAUAUAUAGGCUAUGGGGAUGAACGGAUUGUAUUGGGGAAUAAUGAGUUUCCAGUUGAACUUACGUCCCUAGAUAUUCAGGAUUUUGACAUAAUCUUGGGGAUGGAUUUCUUAACUAAAUAUAAUGCAAAAAUUAACUGCCAAGCAAAGACAGUUGAGUUACAAGCAGAUGAUGGGACCUGGGAGAAGUUUCGAGGGCAAAACAGGAGUGGGAGAAUCAAAUGGAUAAUAGCCCUUAAAGCUGUUAGGAUGUUAGAAAAAGGAGCAUACGGCUACCUAGCUUGUGUACAAGAGGAUAACAAAAAGGUUGAGCUUAGGAAAACGGCCGUAGUAAGAGAAUUCCCUGAUGUAUUUCCUAAAGACUUACCUGGACUACCCCCUCAUCGAGAAAUUGAGCUUGCCGUAGAUGUCCUACCAGGGACAGACCCUAUAUCAAUACCUCCUUAUAGAAUGGCCCCAGCAGAAUUAAGAGAAUUGAAAAGUUAA